CAAGUGAGACUCUUGCUCUGUACUUAGCCAAUCAGAGACCACAGACGCCUGGGACUCUGCCAAUCACGUCCGAGUGGCAUCCUCCGCCGAGCCAUCACAACAACACGUUUAGCCUUUGGACACGAUGGCGGCGGUCAGCUUAACGGCAGAAGAGCAUGAGGUGACUAGGAUAGAGCGCAUUGGUGCUCACUCCCACAUCCGUGGCUUAGGACUCACAGAUGACCUUACAGCUAAACCAUCGGCCCAGGGAAUGGUUGGGCAAGUUAAGGCGAGACGUGCAGCAGGAGUAGUGCAGAACAUGGUAAAGGAAGGCAAGCUGGCAGGCCAAGCCGUCCUCAUUGCAGGCCAACCAGGAACAGGCAAAACUGCUAUUGCUCUUGGCCUAGCCCAGUCCCUUGGACCAGACACUCCUUUCACAGCCAUAUCGGCUACAGAGAUAUACAGUCUGGGCAUGUCCAAGACUGAGGUUUUAACACAGGCUUUUCGGCGUUCUAUCGGUGUGCGCAUCAAAGAAGAAACCGAGAUCAUUGAGGGAGAAGUUGUUGAGGUGCAGAUAGACCGCCCAGCCACAGGGACAGGCGCUAAAGUUGGCAAACUGACUCUCAAAACCUUGGAAAUGGAAACUAUAUAUGAUCUUGGGAAUAAGCUUAUUGAAGCUCUUACUAAAGAAAAGGUACAAGCUGGUGAUGUUAUAACAAUUGAUAAGGCUACGGGAAAGAUAACAAAGCUAGGGCGCUCCUUCACACGUGCUCGUGAUUAUGAUGCAACUGGGCCCCAGACUAGGUUUGUUCAGUGUCCUGAAGGUGAACUUCAAAAGAGAAAGGAGGUUGUUCAUACUGUUACACUACACGAGAUUGAUGUCAUUAACAAUCGUACACAGGGCUUUCUAGCACUGUUUUCUGGUGACACUGGUGAGAUUAAAGGUGAAGUAAGACAGCAAAUUAAUGCCAAGGUGGCUGAAUGGAGAGAGGAAGGUAAAGCAGAGUUGGUUCCUGGCGUGCUCUUCGUUGAUGAGGUUCAUAUGUUGGAUAUUGAAUGUUUCUCAUUCCUUAACCGUGCUCUGGAAGAUGACAUGGCGCCAGUAGUAAUUGUAGCUACUAACCGCGGGAUAACACGAAUUAGAGGCACUCAGAACCUUUCUCCUCACGGCAUCCCCAUUGAUAUGCUGGACCGGAUGAUCAUUAUAAAAACAUUGCCCUAUCAGGAGAAGGAAAUUAAGGAGAUUUUAAAAAUUCGAUGUGAAGAAGAAGACUGUGAGAUUCAAGAUGAUGCCUUGGUGGUUCUCACGAAAAUAGGAUUGGAAACAUCUCUACGCUAUGCUAUUCAGUUGAUUACGUUGGCUAAUCUUGUAGCCAUAAAGAGGAAGGAGAAGCAGAUAACAAUUCCGGAUGUGAAGAAAGUUUACCAGCUGUUCAUUGAUGAGCAGCGAUCACAAAAGUUUCUUAAAGAAUAUGAGGAUGAAUUUAUGUUUGAUGAAGGUACUGACAGUGCAAUGGAAACGAGCUAAUUGACAGAGUGAACUGAGAAAAAUCAAUUGUACAAGUUUAAAAUUGAAGCAGAAACAAGAGUACUGACAAUGAUAACUGGCACAUGUAUCAACAUCAGUUGUAGCCUGACCAUCAACAUUUUGGCAUGGACCAAAGAUUAAGAAUUUCAUUAAACCCACUAUAUA